AUGUCCUUGUUACGUUUAUUCACAAGCAAGCAAAUCUUGAGGCCCAAUUACAUUCAAUCUAUCAGAUCCUUUUCCGCUGCUCCUGCUUUAUUCCAUGGCAACGGAAAGAUCUCUCGUGGUGAAGGGCCUUAUACAGUUCAUUUUAUUACACCUGAAGGCGAGAAAAUUGAUGUGAAAGCAACUGAAGGAGAUACCAUGUUGGACCUUGCACAACGCUAUGACAUUGAUCUUGAAUGUGCCUGUGAAGGAUCGCUGGCAUGUUCCACUUGUCAUGUCAUUUGUGAGCCUGAAUAUUUUGAUAAAAUGGAAGAGCCUUCCGAUGAAGAGAAUGAUAUGCUCGAUUUAGCAUUUGGAUUGACCGAGACAUCUCGUUUGGGUUGUCAAAUAGAAAUGUGUAAAGAUUUAGAUGGUAUCACUGUCAGAAUCCCUUCAGCGACUAGAAACUUGAGAGUAGAUGGAUCCAAGCCAACUCAUCACUAA